AUGGCAAAUAUGGUAAUGACUAUGGCCGAUUUGCGAAAACUCGGCCGAACUGAAGAUGAUAGAGCAUUAGAACGUACAAAAACACGUGAUAUUGAAUCUAAUGAAGUUUCAGCUGCUAUCUAUUGGUCAUGUGAUGAAGUAGCAAAUUUUAUUGAAAUGCUUGGAUUUCCACAAUAUCGAGAAUGUUUUCUUCGAAAUAAAGUUGAUGGACGUCGAUUAAUUUGGUGUGAUGCAUCACAUUUAAAUGCACUUGGUGUUCAAGAUUUUAAACAUAUAAUAUCAAUUGCAAAGAGUAUUCGAGAGUUAUUACAAAUUGAAAAGCCUUAUUGGAAUCGAAGUAUUACAUUACCAUAUGCGGAAGCACUCAGUCGAUAUCUUGAACAACGUAGUGUUAUGGGUCAUCGAGCAGAUGAAUUAGAUUAUACUACAUAUACUAAUGACACUCGUGAUGCAAAAUUUCAACCGGUAUUAACUAAUCAAGGUGUUCUUACAUAUUACUAA